GUGUGUUCCGGAUACAGUUUGCAUGGCUCAAAGCGCCGCCGUCAGACUCGCCGCCGCCGCUCCGCCAUCCAUGUUGCGCUCGUCGAUGCAAUCAACCUUCCGCGCAUUCUCCACUCGAGCAUCCCAGGCGCGUACCUUCCCUCAGUUCACUGUGUAUGGCAGCGACGCCUUGCUCCAAUUGUCGCCGAUUGCACCAGUCUACACGAAUGCCGGAUCAUACCUGAAGCUGAAACGAGGGGGCUCGCUCAUGUUGACGUGGUGCAAGAAGACUUCGAGCGGCUACAACUACCAGGAGAAAUUCUACUUCGCGCUCACUCCGACGGAGAUCGGCGCGCUCUUGAACUCGCUGGAUGACCGCGCGCCUCGGUUCUCCCUCGUCCACUCCCCAAACGCCAACGCGGUACCUUCGACUGGCGACACUGCGACCAAGGUCCUUGCAGUGGAAUACCAGCCUGAACACCUCAAAACCGUGUUCGAAUACGGCAGCAGCAACGAUCGCGCCGCCGUCGCUUUGUCCUCUGGCGAAGUGCGCGUAUUCAAAGAACUCCUCCAGUACUCGAUUCCGUACUUGUACGGGUUCCACUCGACGCUCGCGAAUGCCGACCCUGCCAUCGAGUACGACGGCAACGGAGCGGCAUCAUUCACUGGCAACUCGUCGACGUCUCGGCAACCUGCGUACAAGCCGCGCACUGGUGGAAGCGGAGGGGCUGAUUGGCCCUUUUAACAUCUCGAGGUCGCAACGUGCCAGGCCGACUCGGUCGGUUGCGGAACGUGUUCUAAAGCAAGACCGUUUGAUUUUUCGUUGUCAUGGUUGCAUUCCUCAAGGCAUCGCGGAUACACGCCCGCGGACGGUAUGCGCCGUGGGCAUUUCAAUGGUGUAUGCGUGGGAUGGCGCGGA